UGCGCAUUACGCAUAAAUGGAAAGGUUAGAAUUUGUUUUCUCAUUAGUACCAUUGAUACGAUCGCAACAGUUACAAUGUUACAACUUUUGACGACCGUUAUAUUGCUAUCUGCCUACGCAAUAGCAGCACUACCGAAUUGCGCUAACUAUCGCCCCGGUUUUUUCGUCAACGAUCCAUCUAACUGCCAAGCGUAUUGGUAUUGUGCAAAUGCUCAAAGUCAACCACAACCAGGCGUGUGUCCAUUGCCCUAUCAUUUUGAUCAGGCCAAUCAAUUAUGUAACCAUCCCAACACAUACCCUUGUUCAAAUAACCCGAUACCAACCACAUCUACUGCACAACCAACGACCACAUCUACAUCUACACCAUCUGAAGAUUUUGUGGCUGUAGCUGUACGGGAACACAAUUAUUAUCGAGGCGUUCACAGUGUACCUCGUGUUUCAUCAUUCAGUUCGGAUAUCAAUAACUUUGCACAGCAGUGGGCAGACUAUCUUGCAUCAACCGACCAAUUUUACCAUUCCAGUGGAUCUGGAUUCGGUGAAAAUCUUUACAAGUCGUGGGGUGGCAGUAGCGACAAAAAUACCAUAAUUGCCAAUGCCAUUAAACUGUUUUACGACGAGAUACGCUAUUAUGACUGGAACAAUCCAGGUUUCUCAAUGGAAACCGGUCACUUCACGCAAGUGGUGUGGAAAGCGUCCACAGAAAUUGGAGUUGGAAUCGCUAUUUAUCCUGAUAAACGUUAUGGUCAUAGGUCUGUGGUUGCUAUAAACUACAGGCCACCGGGAAAUUAUCUGGGACAAUUCGCACAGAAUGUGCUAUCACCCAGAUCCCGUUCAUUUCAUUUGAACAACACGGAGUCACACGACGACGAAAUUAGUUCUGCUAAGCUUAUGGUUGUAUAAAUUGGAAUCGUUGUUGCCGACAAUGUCAAUUCCUUGGAGUCUGGCUCAAUUGAUACUCUAAAAAGUCAUUAAGUUUCCACCAUCUGUCGGGGCCUAAAUAAAAUGAAUCAAAC